AUGCAAGAAAACAGCGUCACGGCAGUUCCGGUGUCGGCGGUGACGGCAUCCGGACUGGGCACGAUCGGCACCACCGGCCCCGGAAGUGCCGGCGUGGUCGGAAGCGCAGUCAACAGCACCAGUGGCAGCAGCAAUGGAAGCAGCAGCGGCGGCACUACCGGCACCAGCACCAGCAACAACGGUCCUGGCAGUGGGCCAAUCACCACCGCAUCGACAGGCCCGGCCAGCGGCUCGACCCUCUCACCGCACGGCCUCAGCGACAUCGAUCAGGCACAGUUCGAGGCGGACAAGCGGGCAGUCUACAAACAUCCUCUGUUUUCGCUGCUGGCACUGCUGCUGGAAAAGUGUGAACAGGCCACGCAAGGCUACAUUCCUUCCUCGUCUUCCGCGUCCAGUCCAAACGGGUCGUCGAACCAUGGCACCAGCGAUGGGGACAGUUUCUCCCGAGAUAUUCAGGCCUUUGUACAGCUGCUGGAGAAGGAAAAGCGCCCCCUGCUGACGAACAACAGCGAGCUGGACGGACUGAUGAUAAAGGCGCUGCAGGUGCUGCGAAUACACCUGCUCGAGCUGGAGAAGGUGCAGGAGCUGUGCCGGGACUUUUGCACGCGCUACAUCGCCUGCCUGCGCAGCAAGAUGCAGUCGGAGAACCUGCUGCGGUCGGACUACGCGCUCGAGCACAACAACAACCUGUCCAACUCCAACAGUCCCAUCAACAGUCCCGAGCAGGAUCUUUCCGGGAGUGCCCAAGGCUAUUACCAGAGCGCCGACUACCUGCAGGGAAGUGACACUAGCGAGUACAGCAACAUGCAAGCCAAGGGAAGUGCAUUGAGCGGUGGUCCCGUUACGCCCCUGCUACCCCACCCGGUGCUGCAGCAGCAGCAGCCUCCGCAGCAAUCGCUUCACCACCCUCACCAGCAAGUGCCGCCAGCAGCAAUCGAUUCACCGAACAGUGCCACCGUCCUGGAAAGCUCGGUUCUGCCCCAAGACAUGUCGCACAGUCCAAGCGCACUCGCCGUUGGAAUGCCUGGACUUGCCGGACUGCCUCCGCUGCAUGAUGGGCCUGGAGCCGGAGCGAUGUUUCCCACUGACCUUACAGCAGCAGCGGCAGCCGCCGCCAUGGCAUUCCAACAGCAGCAGCAACACCAUCAACAGCAGCAGCAGUACCAUCUGCCCCUCCAUCCGAGCGCGGGUCCGAUGUCGCUCGGCACUGCUGUUGGUGGUUGUCCGCCGGCAAUAGCGCUUACCUCACCGCUUGACAUGUACGCCGGGCAGCUGUCGCCGUGCGGGAGCUCCGAUGAGCUCGACUCCGAGCUUGACUCGCCAGGGGACGGGGAUUCGGGCUCGGGCAAGCGGCACAAGCGGGGCAUCCUGCCCAAGCACGCCACGAGCGUGAUGCGCGCCUGGUUGUUUCAGCAUCUAGUCCAUCCCUAUCCUACUGAGGACGAGAAGCGUGCGAUAGCGGCACAAACGAAUCUCACGUUGCUUCAGGUAAACAAUUGGUUCAUUAAUGCCCGGCGACGUAUCUUGCUGCCAAUGUUAGAAAAUGCCUCCGACAACUCGGGAGAGUAAGGCAGUUCUUUACCUUCACCUCCAAAAGCUAAGCUGCUGACGCAAACCUAGUCCACCAAAGAUGUGUCAGGCUCAUUCAGGAAGGUUUUAUUUCUCACAUUAAAACCGCAACCGCAUGGGGAAAGAUCCACAGUUCCGUUCGCAGCAGUAGCAGCAUCAGCAAAGGGACAUUACUCGCAAUCAACUAUCAAGCUGAAAGAUCUCCGUACCGCCACGUUGUACGCCACAGCGAAGGAAACAGUGUGACCACUUGCAUACGCGCGUGUGUGUUUUGCAAAACAAUCCUUCCCCCUUUGUCCAAUCAUUGUUGUUCCUGUUCAAUCCAAACAAUUUCGAACAAAACGCUUGCAUUGAGCUGGUGACAUGUUUUGCAAACAGUGUCGCCGUAAUCGUUGUUUUACGAUUAAUUAUGGGGCUUUUAGGAAUGUCUAACAACAACCACCACCACCCACUGUCACGAUCGUGUAAUUGCUUGAGCUGUCCGCAGUUUUUUAGACGAUCAAUUGAAUGCAAUGGUUUGUCGUAGUUCCUCUGAUUGUGGAAUUGUUUUCGACCAUUUCCCUCCGUGAGGCAAAUGAGUUUUCCUUUCUCCGUCUUUUCUUCUAAUCAACCUUACCUAUCGAACAAACAAAACUGCCCCUUAUUCCGCAUAAAAAAAACUCAAACACACACACACUCUCUCCCAGAGCGAGAAAAGGCUGGCCAACCGGCAACGGCCGAGAAAUUGCUCCCAAUCAUUGUGGGUAAACAGUGGCACCGUACCGUUUCGUGCCGGGGCUGGUCCGGUCGGUACCGUGCCGUCCGAUUUGAAUAGAAAUGCAAUUUAUAAACAAAUUCAUCCCAAUCAGAGUUGAGACCUCACUGCUUGACUUUUUCCUCCCCCCUGCCUGCCAACUCGCACACCUUGCACGGAAGUGGCAAUCGCGUUUCAAAUUUCGGUCACAGCACACAGCAUUCCAGAGAAAAGGUCCUGCGUGUGUGUGUGUGUGGUGCCUUCCGAAAAGCGGGCGAAGUGUUAUUAAUUAACUCGAACCGCUCGCUCGAACUUGGCCACCGUCGGCCGGCUGUAUCCUUUCAUCGGUUAAUGCUAUUAACGGCCCGAACGGUGGUGGUGAACGUGCGAGAAAACACAAAAUAACACACACACACACGAGCCGACAGUGCGUGCUAGCGCGCUAUGAUGAGGUCUGAAUUGAUUAAUAUUUAUUACCUUGGUAAUGAGCCUCCGGCGCUACUCCGGUCCUUCGCUAGGCCGGAAGCAGGAGGGGGCAACGGUGGGUUUUUGUUUUUCAUUCUCUGCUCCUCUGUCUCCUGCACCCGCCGUGAGAAGGUUCUUCGUUACCCUCUCUCUCUCUCUCUCUCCGUGCACGGUGGGCUGCAAAGGUAACUCAAUUAGUGGCGGGAGGAAAUGGACCGGUGUGUCGAAGUCGGUGGAAAAUGUGGAACCGGCGUGAACACACGGGAAAGGACAUUCGUGCGGACCAGUUCGGUGGCUGAAGGGAAAGGUUCGAUUAUACUUACGCGAGAAGAGGGUGUGUGUGUGUGUGGUUCGUUUGGUUUUGGUUGACCAGUGGUGGAUGUAAUCGGAUGACGAUUACAUAAAUAAAUACCAUUUACAUACAUUUGGACGCAGGAGAAGAAAGGGGGAAGGACAACACACGCCGUCCUGCAAGUGAAACUAUUGGAUUAAAAUCCCUCGCCGACGAUGGCCGCGUGUUUACGGCCGUUGCACUUAAAAGCAAGCAGGAAGAAGAGAUUACGAAAUGUUUACCUCGGCGCACGGUGCAAACGCAACAAAAAAAGGAUAAUGUAAAUCACUUCCCACUCAUAUACUUCCAUACCAAACCGUGAAGGAUACUCAGAGAGACGGGCAGAAAUGCAAAAGAAAGCACAACAAAACAAAGCCAAGUAUACGUAAAUUGCAACAAACACUCAAUCUCCUGCUCCUAGACGAGAAGGGUUGGAUGGCAAUUGGAAAGAUAUUGUAUUUAGCAUGUAGGAUGCAACGCUGCUGGUGUGUGUGCGUGUGUGCGUGUGCAUGUUGCAAAAACAAACUCAAACGAAACAAGCACACAAACGCAAAGUUACUUUUAAGUGUCAUAUUAGUUCCAUCUUCUAAGUUGUAAAUUGGGUGAGCGCGUGAGAAACUACUGUGACGAGAACGAAACAAAGCAACAGAUAUACGUACACUAGUAUACUAAGCGUAGGCAAACGAGGAAGAAGAAGAAAACAAAAAGGGAAAAACAAAAACUAAGCAAAGUUAAAGUAUGUUAUAAGUAUGCAGCUGGCUGAGCGAGGCUGUAUCAGCAGUCCACUACUAUUAUUAGAGAAGUACACUAGCGCAAACCAACCAACCGCAGCACGGACGGACAGAGCAAAGAGCAAAAUACUCCCUUCGCCCGGUUCUUUCUCGUGUUUGAAGCAAAAUGAAC